AUGUCUGACACUGUUCGACGUCUACCGUGGGGUGCUGAAAGGCACAUACGUUCAUCAUUUACAGUUGAGCCAUCAUCAUCUCUUGAUUCAACAAUAAAACCAGGAGAAUAUACACUUCAUUUACUUUUAAAUCAAUUUUUUAUUGCUGCUGAAGCACGUAUUAUUGAUGUAUGUUCUGAAAAUAAACAGCAUAUACCACUUAAUCAAUGUUUAAAACGUGGUGAUGAUGUUCAUUUUGAUCAAUUACUUGAUGUAUUCCAAGCGAUAUCUGAAAAUUCACUUCCGUCCCUUGUUCGUAUAUCAUUUGAAUGGUUUCGUUUUCAUAUUAACGAAGAUCAAUUAAAACUACGUGGAACUAAAUCAACAUCCACAACAACAUCUGGAAUUAGAGAAAAUGAAUUUCUUGAAGAACGUCGACAACUUACUGUACAUUUUAUAUUCUGUCUGAUUUUAAUUGAUAUUCUUAAACAACUUUCUUUUCAUCCCGGAUUUGAUGUAUCGAAUAUUGAAGAUCAAGCUUUUAAAUGGUUUCGAGGCAACGAAAAAUUUAAUGACAUAACAUCGACACAACCAAAUCAAAUCAAUUAUCAAACAAUCUGUGAUCUUUAUGCUGAAGUUGUAGGUGUAUUAGCUCAAAGCCGUUUCAUAUCUGUUAAACGACGUUUCAUGCUUGAAUUAAAUAAUCUACGAAAAGAACCAGCUAGUCCAUCGGUUAAUGCAAAUAUUAUAAGUUUAAAUACUGGCAUGAGAUUUUUUCGUGUUAAAAUGACACCAGUAGAAGAUUUUGAAGCUUGUUUUCAAUUUCUUCUUGAUUUAGCAAAUUAUUUUCUUGAAGUACGUGAACGUGAUAUUAAAAAUUCAUUAGCAAAUUUAUUUGUUGAAAUUCUUCUACCAGUAGCAGCGGUAGUUAAACUUGAAAUGAAUAUUCCAAUUGUUCGAAAUUUUGUUGAUCUAUUAUAUUCUCAUGUAUUUGAUUUAUGCUCAAAAAAUAAACAUCGAUUGGCUAUGUUUCCUCUUAUGACGUGUUUAUUAUGUAUUAGUCAACGGCAAGUAUUUUUUACACAUUGGAAUAAAUUUAUGUUACUUUGUCUGGGAAAUUUACGUGGUGAAGCAAAAUUAGCUCGUAUAUCGUUAGAAUCAUUAUAUCGAUUGAUAUGGGUUUAUAUGGUUCGAUUUAAAGGUGAAAAUGUUAAGACAACAAAUCAACAUUUAACAUGUAUUGUCAAUAGUUUAUUUCCAAAAAGUUUCAAAGCAUUAACACCAAAAGAUAUUCCAUUGAAUAUUUUUGUAAAAAUUAUUCAUUUUAUAUCUCAAGAAAAAUUAGAUUUUGCAAUGAAAGAUAUUAUAUUUGAUUUACUUAGUGUUGGUCGAUGUAGAAAUAUAAUGCCUGAACGAAUGAAUGUUGGUUUACGAGCAUUUUUAGUAAUAGUCGAUAGUUUAGCACAAAAUGAAGAUGAACCAAUGAUGCCUCUUCAUAAUGUGACUUUUCCAUCGGGUCAUACACUACGUCCGCGUCGUACAUGUACAAAAAUGAUUAGUGAUUCAAUAGUAAAAGAAAUUGGUUUACAAAGUUAUUAUGAACCCAUACGAAAAACAUUUGAUACAAUUCUUAAAAUGCUUGAUACACAAGUUGGACGAUGUUUAUUAGUGACACGACCAGAUAAUGCAAAUAAAGAUACAGAAGAUUUGUUAAGUGGUGAUCGUAAACCAAAAAUUGAUCUUUUACGAACAUGUAUUGCAGCAUUACCACGUCUUUUACCAUUGGGUACACCACAAGAAGAAUUAAUUGAAAUGCUUGCAAGAUUAACUAUUCAUAUGGAUCAUGAAUUAGCAGUACAAGCAUUUCAAUCUCUUCAAUAUUUUGUUAUUGAAUUACCUGAAUGGCGAAAAAGUGUUUUUCGUGGUUUUACAAAUUUUAUUAUUCGGGAAGUUACUGAUCAAUUGAUGUUUUUAUCUGAUACGGGGAAAACAACACUUGAUCAUUCAAUGCGUUUUUUAUUACAAUUAUUACAACAAUGGAAACAUGUUCUUAUUAAUUCAACGAGUAAAGCAAAUAAUCGAUUGAAUAUAUCAGAACAAACUGAUAUGGAAACAUUAGCAAUGGCUGAAGGUUUCGGAAUCAUUGCACUUUGUCAAACACAUCAUAUUCGACGAAAAUAUGGUGUUAUGAUAUUACGUGAAGUUAAAAAUAUUGCAGUUGCAUCAAAAUGUUUACAACCAAAUCAAAUCUGUUUAAUUGAUAUAUUAGAUGCAGCUGUACCAACUGUUAUCAAAAAAUUAACACCUUCAUUAACUCUUCAAGAAAAAGCAAAUCUUUUAUGUAAUUCAACGGGUGAUUUAUCAUGGCUUGUGGAUCGUUCAUCAAUGUGGGAUACACAAGAAGAAAUGAAAACUAUUCCAACAGGUUCAGAUGUUAAUGUAACAACAAAUGUUGCUCAAUCAACAACAUCACUUUCAGCAUUAAAUCCUAAUGCAUCAACAGUUUCACCAUUAAUAAAUACAUCAUCAACAUCCGUAACACCAACACCAUCAUUAGCAAUUAUUCCACAAACACAACAAACUCAACAAACACAAUCACCAUUAUCAAUGUCAUUACCAAAUUCAUUAAUUCAAUCAUCAAAUAAUCUACUUUUAACAUCUCAAAUAAUGGCAGCAACAAAUUCAAAUGCAUCUACAACUACAUUAGCAUCAACAACAACACAAAAUGCAUCUAAUAAUAAUAAUCUAUCAACUUCAUUAACAUCUAAUGAAUUAAAUGCAAGAUUUGAUAUGUGGACAGAAUGUCUUGCUGAAUUAUUUGUUUAUAAAAAUAUUCUUCAAUGUCCAUUAACACGUAUUGAAGCAUGGAGAAUGGUCUUUUUUCGUUUAACACAAUUAUUUCCUUAUGUUGAUCCAAAUAAUCAAACAACAGAAAUUCGUUCAUCAUUUGUUUUUCGAACCAAUGAUAUAAUGAAAAAAGCAAAUGAAAGAGAAUAUAAUUUAAAUUUAUGGAAAAAUUAUUUAGUUUGUGCUUGUUGUUUAACUCUUUCCGGUACUGAAAAAUCACAACAAUUCAAUGUUGAUACAAGUCUUUAUCAAGAAACACAUCAAGAUUCGUCGAAAUUUUAUACACCUGCAUCGAAUACUGCUGUAUCACUAUUUCGAAUUGUUGUUAAUUUACUUCGAUGUGAAACAAGUGAUAUACGAGAAAUAGUUAUUCGUGGAUUAGGUCGAACAAAUCCUGAAGCAUUCAAAGAUCUACUCGAAGAUUUAACAGUUCAUAUAAAAGAUGCUAUGGAAGUUAAACAAGAAAAAGUUCGUCGAAUGAAAAAACGUGAUUGUAUGCGUCUUCGUUUAAUUCGUAUAUUUGAAUUAUUAGCUGAUCGAGAAGUUUUUCGAUAUUGUUAUUCAAAUGAAACUGAAAUCAAACGUUCAUCUUAUCAAGUGUAUCAUGAAUAUCUUCAAGGUGGUCUUACUUAUCUUGAUCUUGAAAAUGAAAAAGAUUCAGAUUUAAUUCAACAAAUUCGUCAAUAUUUCGCCCGAUUUGUCUAUAAAUUUAUUAAUCAAAUUCCUCAUGUUAUACGUGAAACAUUAAUUCCAGCACAUAUUCGUUAUAGUCUAUUUGAAUUAUUUCGAAAAUGGAGUGGGAAUUUAAACAUAAUGACGGUUUUUGCAUCAACUAAUAACGCACGAGAACAACAAUUAAAAUCUGAACCAUGUAGUGAACUAGAAUUAAUUGCUAUUCGAGCAUGUGCAGCAACACUUUGUUGUGGAACAAUAAAAGAUGAAUGGUUUCAAAAGACUGUUGCACCGUGGCUUGAUCAAUUUAUGGCUGCACAUGAGACAAGUCAAUUAUCUGUCACAACUCUUUAUCAAUUACUUGAAUUACAUGGCAAAACAACAAAUACAAUGGUUGUUGAAUGGGUUAUUGAUCGAUGUUAUACAAAAUCAGUUCGUUUUAGUGAUCGAUGCUUUACGGCUCUUGCAAAAAUAUUUAUUGAAGUCGCUAAUGAUUAUCCAUGUGAUUUACCAUCGGUUUUAACAUUAACAUUAACUAAUGUUGGAUCACCUCGAAUGCAUGUUCAUGAAUUAGCAUUAAGAUUAAUGGUUGUCUUAUGUAAAGGACAUUUAAGUGAAUCUCAACCAACAACAAGUCAACAAUCAAAUGGAAUUUCAUCAUCCGAUGAUGUUGCGUAUAUUAUAUCACUUGCGUCAAAUUAUUCUAAAAGUCAAAUGAUGUUAAGUGAAUAUUUAGCAAGACGUCGACCAGAUUUAACUAUGGCAAUGUUUUCUGAAAUUACAACAAGAAUUUUAACAGCAAAUUCAUGUUCACGAGGAACUUUAUUUAUGAUAUUAUUACCAUGGAUACAUAAUAUUGAAUUAACUGAUCCAUCAUUACCGAAAAAUAUGCAUGGACAUGAUAUUGCAUUAAAUGAAGAACAAGGAAAUGCAUUCUUACAAGGACUUGGUUGGGGUUCUGUACAAUCAACUGAACUUAUACUUAAUAAUCUUUUUUAUCUAACCGCCACCUUCGCUUCUGAACAUGCUCCUGAACUUGAAUUAUUAUGGAAUGCAUUAACAGGAACUUGGUCACAUAAUUUAAAAGUCAUCUUACGUUAUAUGUUAAUAAUGAUAACAUUAUCUCCAUGUGAAUUAUUACCCUAUGCAAAAAAAAUUAUUCUCUAUAUGUGUAAAAAUCAUGAAGAACGUUUAUUAAAUGAAUUAUUAAAUGAAUUACAAAUAACUGAAUCAUUAAAUAUUUCACUUGAACGAACAGAUACAUUACCAUUUUUUCGUUUUAAUAAUUCAUCAUCAAUAUUUUCAAUGAAUAAUAAUAAUAAUAGUAACAAUAAUAAUAAUAAUAAUAGCCUAACACAAUUAUCAGAAAUAAAUAAUACAUUACGAAAAUCAACACAUUCACAAGAACAUAAAGGUAUUAUACAUACAAAACGUCAUCAUAGUGGUGAAGAUAAUUUACAACAAGAACAUGUUUCAUAUUUAAAUACAAUUAAAAAUCGAACAUCAUCACAAAAUAGUUUAUCAACAAAUUUUAAUGAGAAAUUAAAUGUAGCAGAUAUGGAUAAAGAUCAUUCAAUUAUGUUACGUGUUGAUGAAUAUCCACAAGCAGCUCCAUUACCAUUAGCACCUUAUGGUGGUACAGCAGCUCCAUUAAAAACUCUUCUACCAGAUUUAUCUAUUCCAAUUCCAUGUUUAUUUCGAUGUAGUAUUGCUAUCAUGCUUAUCAAUGAACUUAUUGUUAGUGGUCUUCAAAUUGAUUGGUCAGCUCAUUUACCACAAUUGUUACAUGUUGCGAUGCUUGGCAUGGAUCAUAAUCGAGCCAUUGUUUAUGAACAUUGUAAAAGUCUUGUAUUUAAUUUAUUACUUGCUUUAAGUGUUCAAUCUGAACAAAUAUGGUUAAGUGAAUUACUUCUUUCACAUGUUGAUUGGGAUAAUAGUAAAUUAUCAACGAAAAUUCGUCAAGAACGUGAUACAAAUGGUAUACAUAUCAAUUCUCAAUCAUUAUUUACUGAUAGUCUUAAUGAUAAUUCAAUUUCUUCUAAUAAUGAUAUUUUAUUACCGGAAACAAAUUCAUCAACAUCUUUAUCACGUGAAGAAGUUGUUCAACGUUUAAUAAUAUAUUUAAAUACAAAAAAAGGUUGUCCAUUAUGGGCCUAUGAAGAUAUAACAGCUCAAGUACAUACAAUUCGUAGUGCUUUACAAUUAACACAAUUUGUUCAAUGGAUUGUAAGUUUAUUUCGUAUAUGUGUACCACAAGCGAUGCUUGAAGAACGAUGGAUGGAAUUAGCAUUACGAAUUACAUUGAGUUGUUCAAGUCGACAUUAUGCUGGACGAUCAUUACAAAUAAUUCGUGCAUUAAGUUUACCAUUAAAUUUUCGUUGGGUUAUCGAUAUAUUAUCUCGAUUAGUUGAAACAGUUGCUGAACAUAAUGAUGAUAUGCAAGGAUAUGUCACUGAAUUAUUAUUAACAUUAACUCAUAAUAUUGAUUCAAUACAUAAACAAAUCAAUGGUUUACUUUCAACAUCUAUUCUGCCAUUAUCACCAUCGAAAGAUUUGUCAACAAAUUCUCAUAUGGUCAAUCCUUCCAUAUUAACAAAUAAAAUUGAAUCAUUACAAAAUCAUAUAUUAUUACCAAGUGAUCGACGACAACAAACUCGAACAUUUCAUCGUCAAUCACGUGAUCAAUUAGCUAUUAUUGUUACAAAUCCUGGUAUGGCAACUGCACCAGCAAGUCCAAGAAAUAAUAAUAAUAAUAAUACAAUAACAUCAACAUUAACUGAUUGUAUAUCAACAACAACAAUAUGUCCAAGUAUAUCAACAAAUAAUGGAUUUUUACUUCAACCAAAUGAACAACAAAAUAUUUUACGUUUUAGUCCAGAUUCAAAUCGUAGUUGUUCAUCAACAACAUCAACAUUAACACGUUCACAUAGCGCACAAAAUGUUCGUCAACAGCAUGUAUUUUUUCCAAAUAAUUCAUUAAAUAAUACAAUUUCAUCGAAUACAAAUGAUGUUCAAACAUUAGCGGCAUCAAUUGAUGAUGCUAAAACUGUUUUAGCACAAUUAUUUUGGAUUGGUAUAUGUUUACUUGAAUCCGAUUAUGAAUAUGAAUUUACAUUAUCAAUACAAUUAAUAACAACAAUUAUUAAUAAAAUACAAUUAGAUACAAGCGAUUAUAUUGAUCGUAUUAUGAAUAUACUUAAAGCAAUUAAAUGGCAACAAUUUCCCGGUGUACAAUCAUUAAUUUUUAAAGGUUGUACAUCAACAAUAACAUUUGAAUCAACAAUGAUUUUGAUUAGUUGUUUAACAAAUAUAUUAACAUUACCAUUUAUAUCAACAAAUAAAUCAUCAUUAGCAAUGAAUGUUAUUGCAUUAUUACCUUAUAUGAUGUCGAAUUAUGAUAAUCAACAUGUUAUUUGUAUUCAAGCAGCUGAAAGUAUCGUAAGAGUAUGUAAUGAACAUGAAGAUAGUACGAAAUUAACAAAUUUAGCUACUGUAAUGUCAUUAUAUGCACAAGGAAAAUUUGGUUCAACAGCAUCACAAUGGGCAAAAUGUGUUUUAAAAUAUUUAACUGAUGUUUAUGCACAAGAUUCAAUAAAUUGGAUUCGAUUUCUAUGUGAAAUACUUGAUAAUGGACCAAAUUAUUUACAAAUAUCUAUAUUAGAUAUAUUUUAUCAUCUUGUUACAUUAAUUGAUACAAAAUCAUUAAAUGAUUAUGCUUCAUUUAAUAAUGAACUUGUUCGAACAUUAUGUAAAUAUGUUAAUAAAACUGAAUAUUGUAAUGAAGUAACAAAAACAUUAAAAUUAUUAAUACAACGUUCAUCAACAUUAUCAACACCAAAACAUAUUACAACGAAUAGUCAUUAUAAUAAUGCACCACUUACUUCAUUAAUGGGAGAAGUUCACUUUUUUGAUACACAUAAAAGUAGUAUUGAAUUACCAGGUCGAACAUUGGAUAUUGAAUAUAAUUUAUCUCAUAUAAUGAAUGCUAUUAAAAGUAAAGAUCAACAAAAUCAUAGUGCUUUGAAAUUUUUACCAACAGCAACAACAAUGAAUAGUCGUCGACGACAUACAUGUCUUGGAACAACAAUUGCGACAUCUGAUUUAGAUAUGACUAGUUGGAAACAUAAUGCAGCUCAAUCACAGAUAAAAACUCGUGAACGUUUAACAGCAUUAAUGUUUGCAUGUGGUAAACAAGCUGGUUUAUCAAGAUUACCAUUAAAUCGAAGUGCAAGUGUUGUCUUUAGUCAAACAAGUGAUUUAGCAGAACAACCACCAAUGGGUAGUUUACCAAGUUCAAGUAAAGAAUCGAUGACAUCAGAAAAUGUUGAUCAAACAUUUAUAUCAAAACAAUUCGAUUUCUUAAAUGAUGAGGAUUCAAUUCAUGAAAUGUUUCCAAUUACAACAGAUACACAAGAUUUUGGUGAUGAAGAUGAUGGACCAAUGCCAUACGAUGAUCCUCCAAUACCUGCUGAUCAUGAACCACGACGUAAUAGUGUCAGCAAUACACUUCGAAAUUUAUCAUCCGUUGGAGAAUGGUUUGAUACAAACCGCUUAAAAUCCAAAAUACGUGGAAAAUUACCAUCAUUUAAUAGUUCGAGUGGAAGCAGAAUAUCUGGCCGCAAGCAAAGUGCAAGUGAAUUUACUCAUACGACUGAUGUAGUUGUUGAUGCAUCAAGACAUAUGCAUGAAUUUACAUCAGCUAUGGAUGCUUCAACAACAACAAAUAUGAUUUCAACAACAGGAAGAGAAAGAACAGGAGCUUCUAUUAAUUCUGAAGACAUGCCUGAUCUAUCGAUUUCACAUAAUCAUCAUCCAACUGGACUUUUGCAUGUUGUUACAAUGAAUAAUGAAUAUAUUGAAGAUGCUUGGCAAACACAUGCAAGAAAUUUAAUUGAUGAAAUUAAUCCAUCGGAUAGUGUUAAAACAUUUUUAUUAUUUCGACGUUUAUUUAAGGAAAUUCGUCGAAGAUUAUCUAUAUUUGUACAUGAAACAUGUCAUUGUCUUUCAAUGGAUAAUCGUUUUCGACAAAUGGUUACUCAACUUGUACAUAUGCUUAAUGUUUUAAUGGAAAGUCUUGAUUGUACAUUAGUUUUUGUUGAUGAAAAUAUUAUGAAUAUAACACAAUUAUUAAUCAAACAUCGUUUAAUUAUUACUGAAUUAAAUGAAAUUUAUGCGAAUUAUAAAUCAAAAAAAGCUUUAGCAAUUGAUUGUUUAGAUUCAAUUAAAGCUAAUCUUAAAUUACAAUCGUUAGGCGAACGAGGUUAUGAUACAUUUGUUUCCAAUGAGCAAAAAAUUCACAUGUGUAAACAUCUCUAUACAGAAAGUUAUUCAAAAUUAGUUAGUAAUUUAUUAUCAUUUGCACGUGAUCCAUUAAUGAAUAUAAGAAAUUUAUCAUCGGAAUUUACUAUUGCAUUUAAUGGUUUGAAUGAUUUUUUAAAUGAUAUUCGUUCGGGUAAAGAAGAUCAACCAACAAUUGAAACAAAUAAUUUACCAAAUCGUGAUACAGCUAUUGCCUACAUAUUUCAAUGUCUACAAAAAAAUACAUAUUCAAAUGCAAUUAAAUAUCUUCGAUCAGCAAGAUCACUUUGGCCAGAUGAUUUUGGUGAUGAAAAUAAUGAGAUUGAUGUUGCACUUACCAUACUUUAUGAAUCAUUGAAAAAGACUCUUACAACAGCGAAUUUACUUGUUGUUUUACAACAAACACCACCAAUUGCAGAUGUUUGUCAUCGAUUAUAUGAACUUAAUUUAAAAAUUCUGUCAUCAACACCUGAUUCUCUCUAA